UGUGCAGCCUUGUUUCUCUUACUACGCGUCCAUUUCUUCUUCUUAACAAACUAUUCGCGUUCAUGGAACGUAUCAUUCAACUCCGUAUGGGGGUGACUCUGUGCCAUGAAGCUAACACGUAAACAGGUUCUUACCGAGAGCAAGGCCUCCGACUUGGAAAGCGUGAGGAAACUCAACUGUUGGGGGUGUAAACUCUCUGAUAUUUCCAUUUUAUCGCAAAUGCCAAACCUCCAAGUGCUGUCACUAAGUGUUAACAGCAUCUCGUCUCUCUCCCCUCUGGCUGGAUGCUUGUCUCUGUGUGAGCUCUACUUGAGGAGGAACAUGAUAGCCUCACUCUCAGAACUCUGUUAUUUGCGUCCGAUGACACGUCUGCGAAUAUUGUGGUUGACUGGCAAUCCUUGCUGUGGGGAUGGCUCCAGUCAGUAUCGCCUGGCAGUCCUGCGUUGCCUACCUCGGCUGCGGAGGCUGGACAACAGAGUAGUGACAGAGGAUGAGAUCACGCUAGCCCAUUUGGAGGGUGAGGAGAUUGGCACACCCCCAAAUCCAGCCCAGCACCAGCCUCCCAGCAAUGGACUGUUCCAUGCAGAGAAAGAGAAUGACUCUCUCGCCCAGAAGAUGGAGGAGACCAAUAAUAACAGUGAGGAGUUUACGAGUAAGCCACUGUCAAGAGACAAAUUCACCUCUUUUCCUUCUCAGUCAACCGGACCAUCUAUGAAAAAGAGCCACACUCUUGAUGCAGUGCUAUUGCUUCUGAGGGACUUGGAUCACGAGGAACUCCGUGUUGUGCACAUUGAGGCGCAGAACCGACUCAGGACUUGUACACUGAACUCAGAAACGUUAGGAGAUUCACAAUCCUCAAAAUCGGCUGACAUCCAACACUAAAAUAAUGCUAGCAUGGAUUGAGCCAGAACUCUCAAUACUUGCAAUGAACUCUUUUUGUCUUAAGGGUCAUAAUACACAAACCCUUUCUCCUUUUUGCACUUUUGCAUGUUUACAUUCAGACAUGCUCACUCAGCAGUCUACUAACCAAAUGAUGGCUUUCAUUUGUCAUAUCACAAAUGCUUGCCUUACAAGAACAAAACCACAUGAUAUAUAAAAGAUAAAUCUAUUUCUGUAAUUAAAGUAAUUAAUUCCAAUGUA